AUGUUAUAUUAUAUUAAAAAAUUUAACACAGUUUUUUUAUUUUAUGUUUUAAUAAUAAUUAAAACAAUUAAAGGAGAUGAAGAAUAUAUUUCUCCUAAUGAUUUAGGUAAUAAAAUAUCUGGAUUUUUAGGAUAUAAAUGUAAUUUUUCAACAAAAGGUGUUCAUAAUUUAGAACCAGAUAUACUUGAAUAUAGAUCUGUUUUUUGUAGUGUAAAUUCAUAUUUCAUAUAUGACAAGAUAAGGUUAAUGAUUCCUAAAAAUGAUAAAACAUCAAAGUUUAAAAUUUUGCCUGGGAGUUGUUUUCAAAAGGUGUAUGUUGAUUUUGAUAAAAGAGUUGAAACAGAUAUUUCUGAUCUGGGUUUAGUAGAAUAUGAAGUUAAUGAAGAUGAUUCUUCUCCUGAUUAUACAGAAAAAACUAUAACAAUAUCACCAUUUAAUAAUACAGAUGUAGAAUUUUUUUGUUUUUGUGACAAUACUGGUAAAGUUGUAUCAGAUGUUGAAGGAAGGAGUGCUUUAGUAUAUGUCCACGUAUUAAAAUAUCCACAUGAUAUAAUAUCUAUUAACUUAACAAAUGAUUCUUUUCCUUAUCUAAAAAAUCCCAAAAGUAAAGAAGAUUUUGAACAUAAUAGUUUAGAAGUUGAAUUAAAAUCAGGUGAACUUUUAGUAUUAGCUUGUGAAUUAAUAGAUAAAGAAUGCUUUCAAAAACCUAAAUAUAAUGACUUAUAUAAAAGUAAUAAAAUUAUUUAUCACAAAAAAUUUGCAAUAUUCAAAGCUCCUUCAUACACUAAAGCUGGAGACAUGGAUGCUGCAUGCACAUGUAAGGCAGAUUCUAUAGUUUACAGUAUAAUAGCAAAACCAAAAGAAGAAAAAAAAAUGAUACAUGGAUGUGAUUUUUCUACUGAUGAUGCUAGUGAGCAAUUUUCAAAUAGUGUUAAUUUAAAAAAAGCUGAGGACAAUACACCAGUAAAUUGUGAAAUUGAUUUAAAAGAAAAAACUUAUAAUCAUUUAAUAGGUUUAAAAUGUCCAGGUGAAAUUAUACCAGAUUGUUUUUUUCAAGUAUAUCAACAAGAAAAAGAACAAUUAGAACCAUCAAAAAUAGUUUAUUUAGAUGCACACUUAAAUGUUGGACAUAUUGAAUAUUUUGAAGAUAGUAAAGUAGAAGAUAAAGUAAAAAUUUUUGGUAUAGUUGGAAGUGUACCAAAAGACACAACUUUCGUCUGUUUGUGUAAGAAUGGUAAAAAAACUGGAUAUAUGACAGUUAAAAUAGCAUCAGGUUAUUAUGGAUUUUUGGCUAAAAUUUUCAUAUUUUUAAUUGUUAUAAUAUUAUUAUACGUUUAA